AUUGUAAAGAAGAUCCAUAUGUUUGGGAGGACAGAGCGAUGGAAGUUCUUAUCGAACUUUUUGCAGUUGCCACGCAAGAUAUUAUAAAAUAUUUUAUAGAUAAAAAUGUUAUGGGGACUUUAAUGAAAAUAUUAAAAGAUGCUUUAGACUUAAAGAGUAAUACUUUCAUCGGUGGCAAACGGUUAAUAUAUGCAGAGAACUUUUUGAAUAUAAAUGGAUAUGAAAUAUUUUUCAAUUUGCUUAUAUUACCUCCAUUUGAUGGACUAUAUUCUGAAGCAAAGGAUGCACUUCUUGAAAUGGUUGAGGAUUUGGCAUUUACUGGAGCGGAUGAAAUCAAACCUGUUAUAUCAAACAGAACCCCAUAUCAACACAACGACUUUCAUUUACCUAAUGAAAUAAAAGAUGAUGGUAUGCUUCCUGACUAG